CUUUCUCUCUCUCUCUCUCUCUCUCUACACAUCCUUCUUCUUGUUCUCUCUCUACACAGCCUUGUUCACCCUCCUGGAGCUCCACCGUAUCUUUAUCUCUCUCUCUCUCUCUCUGUCUUUCUCUUGGCGGCGGCCGAACCCGAGUGUCUGGUUUUCACCGCGAAACGAUCUCGAGCUCUUAUAGAUUUCCGCCAAGAGGAGCGUUGCCCAAAAUGCAGGGAGUGAUCAGAGCGGUUCAAUCCCAUGGGUCUGUUCUCAGGCUUGCGGUUCUCAGUCACGUGCGUCUUCUCCAGCCAGCCGUCCGUCCUCCGGCUCUCCUCUCGCAGUCGAGUUCCCUCACUUCAGGUCGGUUGGAGGAAAAGGAAUUCGAGAGCACCACCAUCGCAGAUAUCCUCAAAGCCAAGGGCAAGGGCGCCGACGGUUCUUGGCUCUGGUGCACCACCCAAGAUACCGUCUAUGAGGCCGUCAAAUCGAUGACACAAAACAAUGUGGGUGCUCUGUUGGUGGUGAAACCAGGGGAGCAGAAGACUCUUGCAGGGAUUAUCACCGAGAGAGAUUAUCUCCGGAAGAUCAUUGUGCAAGGAAGAUCAUCCAAGACUACAAAUGUUGGAGACAUCAUGACUGAGGAGAACAAACUUAUAACUGUUACCUCUGAUACCAAGGUUCUCCGAGCUAUGCAGCUGAUGACAGAUAACCGGAUCAGGCACAUCCCUGUCAUAGAUGGCAAGGACAUGGUUGGCAUGGUCUCCAUUGGUGAUGUUGUUCGAGCAGUCGUGAGUGAGCACCGCGAGGAGCUGGAUCGCUUGAAUGCCUUCAUUCAAGGUGGUUACUAGAUAACAAACCAGACAUGGUUUUAGUGCUUGCUUAUCAGUUCGGAAAGAACUUGAAGCUUGACUCUUGGUUUGUCCCUAAGAUGUAGGUAAUAACUUGAAACUUUUGUCUGUACAUAUUGGAACAUGAAGUGACCUUUACAUUUGAUAACUCCCCUUCAGCUGCGCAGCAGCUGUGUGAAUAAGAAACUCUUUCCUUUGUGGCUAUGAAUAUCAGAUGAGCUUUCAUGCUA